AUCAAGUGGCGUUCUACAAUAUUAACGGAUUAAUAUUUGUUUUCUUUGUUGUCAUUUUGCUUACUCUCAGAUAUGCAAACCUGAGAAUAAUAAUUUAAAAAAUAACAAAUUUUGUUAUUGUCGUUGUAUUAAACGAAGCCAAACACAUACUCAUACAUAUUGAGAAACUAUAAAUGCGUAUUGUGCGCUUUCAUUUGGAACCAUGGCAACGUUGUGGUUCUAUAACGCCUAGUCCAGCGCCAUCACCUUCUACAGCUAUAUUGUCGCCACACAUAUUGAGGCGUCAACGACCUCCAAGUGUUGAAGACUUUCCCAGCUUGGAAGAAAAUACAGAAACCUUACGUUUGAAAUUACUCGUAGACAAGAAACGAAAAAUGCAAAACCGUUAUCCCCAAAUAGUUAAGAAGUUGUCGACAUUGUGCAGCGAUGUGAUAGCCAGGCUUCCCCAAACAUUUGCUUUACAACCUGGUGAAGGAAAUUUGAGACCACGUCAAGAUCUGGGCAGCAGUGGUGUGGAUGAUAUGACUAUGUUGGAUGACUUGCACGAGGCAUCGCUUUUGUGGAAUCUUCGCUUAAGAUACGAUAAAGGUCUUAUCUAUACAUUUGCUGGAAGUAUUUUAAUUGCGGUCAAUCCUUAUAAAAUGUUUCCCGAUUCGUAUGGCUUAGAGGUGGCUAAACAAUAUGCGGGAAAGCCAUUGGGUACAAUGCCCCCACAUUUGUUUGCAAUAGGAGCUGCAGCUCAUGCUGCACUGCCUUCGCCACAAGUCGUGGUAAUAUCAGGAGAAUCGGGAUCUGGUAAAACAGAAUCAACAAAGUUAGUAAUGCAGUAUUUAGCAGCAGUAGUCCCAGGUGGAGGUUCUGCUUCAGCUGUUAUAACAGAACAAAUUUUGGAGGCUGCUCCUCUUCUGGAAGCGUUUGGCAAUGCGCGCACUGCACGAAAUGAUAAUAGCUCUAGGUUUGGAAAAUAUUUGGAGGUUUAUUUUAAAAAUGGUGCUAUCGUUGGGGCCAAAAUUACUCAAUAUCUAUUAGAAAAGUCCAGGAUAGUUACGCAAGCACCAGGAGAACGUAACUACCACGUUUUCUAUGAAAUGUUAGGUGGUCUAUCAGAAGCUGAGCGCACAAAAUACGGCCUUUUAGAGGCAGAUAAAUAUUUUUAUCUAAAUCAAGGCGCUACAGACUGUGCUCCAGGACGUGUGGAUUGGGACUCCCUACAAAGUGCUAUGCAAGUGUUGGGAGUAUCUGAAGGUGAACGAGAAGGCAUUAUACGUGUAUUAGCCUCUGUUUUACACUUAGGCAAUGUUUAUUUUCAUCGAAGGCAACUUAGACAUGGUCAAGAAGGUGUUGAAGUUGGUUCCGAUGCUGAGAUUAAAUGGGCAGCUCAUUUAUUGCAUAUAUCAGCUGAAGGUUUGCAUAGAGCUUUGACUAGCCGUAUAACCGAGGCUAGAUCAGAACGCCUUCAUACUCCAUUGAGUAUAGAUCAGGCCUUAGAUUCCAGAGAUGCUUUUGCUAAGGCCUUAUACUCUGGUCUCUUCAACUGGUUGGUGUCACGCAUCAAUUCCAUCGUGCAAAAAGGUGGAACACAUGAUGCUCAUAGAAUUUCUAUAUUGGAUAUAUUCGGCUUUGAAGAUUUGGCCGAAAACUCGUUUGAACAGUUGUGUAUUAAUUACGCGAAUGAAAACCUUCAACUGUAUUUCAACAAACAUGUAUUUAAACUUGAGCAAGCAGAGUACUCCCGAGAGCGCCUGGAAUGGACCCCUCUAACAUGGGAUGAUAAUUUGCCAGUCAUUCAUUUGCUGGCUAAGAAGCCUGUGGGAAUUUUUCAUUUGUUGGAUGAUGAAUCGAAUUUUCCUCGUGCCUCAGAUAUGAGUUUUCUUGAGAAAUGUCACUAUAAUCAUGCUCUCAAUGAACUGUAUUCUCGUCCCAGAAUUGGGGCUCAAGAGUUUGGUAUCACUCAUUACGCUGGUCAAGUGUGGUACUGUGUAGAUGGCUUCUUGGAUAAAAAUCGAGAUGCUUUGCGUAGCGAUGUUUUGGAGCUUUUGGGAUCAAGUAAACUACAACUAGUUUCAGAUCUAACUAAACAACUCAGGGCUCAACGAGAUUCAGGAAAAACAUUGCCCAAAGGCAACAAUGGCCGUUUUGUAACAAUGAAACCCCGUACACCAACAGUAGCUGCAAGGUUUUCCGAUUCGCUGCAGCAACUUUUACAAUCAAUGGGUCGGUGUAAUCCAUGGUUUGUGCGUUGCAUUAAACCGAAUAAUGAAAAACAAUCACUAAAGAUGGAUAUGCCAUGUGUGCUGCAGCAAUUGCGAUAUUUGGGAAUGUUAGACACAAUACAAAUCCGACAGAAGGGUUAUCCAGUUCGAUUACGCUUCCAACAUUUCGUUGAACGCUACCGGCAUUUAAUGCGUUCUCCAUUACCCCGUGGUACGCCCUACAGGGAACUUUGUCGAAUACUUUUAGAGUCUAUGCCAAAUACAGGCAUUGAAGGACCAGAUUAUCAAUUGGGUGCCACUAGAGUUUUUCUUAGAGAAGCCUUACACAGAAUGCUGGAAAGUGGCCGUUCAGAUCGUUUGAAGACAUCAGCCGUUGUGAUACAAAAACAUGUUCGUGGUAUGUUGGUCAGAAGACAAUUGGCACGUAAAAAGAAGGCUGCAACUCGUAUUCAGACAAAAUGGCGUGGCUAUCGAGAGCAAAAGAAAUUCCGUGAUUUACGAAGAGGUGCAAUUAAAGCUCAAGCAUUGUGGCGUGGUAAAAUGGGUCGAAAAAGAGUGGUCAAAUUACGGGCUGAUUAUCAGCGACGUCUGGAAGCUCAAAGAGCUCAAAAAGAACGAGAAGCAAAGAAACAAGCUAAAGAAAAUUUGGAACGCAGCCAAAUUUCUUAUUUGGAUAUUCCUGCUGAACUGGCAUUUAUCUUUUCGAAAAGCGAAGGCUGGACACCUAUACACGGAGAUCGUCAUUUGGUUAAAGUUGUCGGUACUGUUCCAGGACCUCCAGUAGCAGCCGAUCUACCUAAAGAUCUAGAUCAGUUCUCAUUUGGUAAAUUCAGUUCGGUAUAUUGCAAUGGAUUGCGUUUAUCGUCAAGAAGAGAACCCAUAACAACACCCUUCCUUACAAGAGCAGCUUCAAGAGAUCAGGACUUUCAAGAUUCUUUGGCUGUAUUUAAAUUGAUUCUUCGCUGGACAAAUGACAAAACGAUGGAUGGUAAUAAAGAAAAGGUUUUAUCUGACUAUAUUGUCCAUAAAGGUUUGUCAUCACGUGGCUUGAGAGACGAAAUUUUGGUGCAGUUGUGUAAUCAAGUUUAUAAUGCCGAUGAUUUACAGGCACAACGUAUUUGGCAAUUAAUGGCUCAGUGUUUGUCUUGUUUCCAACCUGGACCUGCAUUUAGCAAAUACUUAAUGAAAUUUAUUGUUGACAAUGCUCCUGAUUCUAUGAGAGAUAUGUUGCUUAAGAAAAUUUUGAGAAACGCCAACUCGGCUAAUAACUGUAGAAACUUUACUCCCUCUUGGGUCGAAUGGAGAGCUAUAUCCCGAAUGUCUGAUAUUGCAGUAGCAUUAACUUUACCAGAUGAUGCAAAUCAAACUGUAGCUAUUGAUUCGUGGACAACUUGUGAAGAAGCUGCCUCUUUAGCUGUUUCAACUUUAGGUAUAUCAAAUCGUGGAUGGACUGUCGUUUUAGAUGAUGGAAAACUAGUAACUGAUUCAUGUGGACUUGAUUAUGUUCUAGACCUUAUCUCAGAAAAGGAACUCUGCCCAGCUUUUCCUGCACUACGAAGUGAUUUAAUGACAACUGGCGCUAAAUUUAAUAGAACUAUAUUGUCGGAUCACGAUGGAAAUACACCCAGAAGACCUCAGGUACCACCGCCAGAGCCACCCAAAAUAAAAGUAAACCCUACAAGUGAAUCCCCAAUAUCCGAUUCAAAUGACGAGCAACCUAUACGGAAAAAUUCCCGAAAUUUACUUUCGAGAAGUUCUGCAUUAAAUGAACGGUAUUUUGAACAAGAGAAAUCAAGAUCAAAGUCACUUGAUGAUCUUUUGGCUGGUGAUAUCACAGAUUUAGAUCAGGCAACAGAAACAGAACCUUUGACUAACUUAGGACUUUCAGAAAGUCGUCUCAAUGAGAGAUACCAUUCAGCUGAACGUCUUACACCUAUGGGUAAAGAAACGGGCCCACGAUACCAAAAGUCGCAAUAUGCUGGAAGAAGAUCACAUGCAGGUUCUCACUCUAGCAAGUAUAUGGAUAAAUCGGAGUAUGCUACUCGUUCAUCGGCUAUGUCAGAUACAAGUGAGGCUCCUUCAUUGGCUUCACAUGUACGUCGUGUACGUGUACCUUCCCAAGCUUCAGAUGUUGAUCAAUUUUUAGAUGAUUUAUUUAGUCCGGUAUUAGAUGGUUCAUUAGAUGAACUGUCCGAUGCCAGAUCACUAGCUGCUAGUAUAAGAGGAGGAAAAGGUAUGCCCGAUUUAAGUUUUGAAUUAGAUGACACAGAAUUUUUAGAGGCUCCAGAUAGUGAAAUGAAUGAUUUAAUUUGGGAUUCACAUACUCUCGCAUGUAAAAUAAAGGGUGGUGGCGAAAACUCAGCAAAUUCUGAAGAAGCUCCAUCUGCUAAUUUGGACGAAUAUAUAACAGGUUUAUUUAAACCAAUAUUUGUCAAUGACGCUGUCAAAGUUCUUACUGAACAAGCAGAAUUAAUUGAAACUAUUAAGGGUGGUGGAACUGCCCAAGCACAAACCAGUGGAAAUUCAACAUUUGUAACUUCCCCCAUUGUGGGACCAAUUAGCCCUAUUUUAGCCUCUAAUUCUGAAAAUUUAUUACAAAUUGUUAAUUUACCACCUGAUGCAGAUCCUGCAGUUUAUCAACAUCAGGUGCAGCGAGCAUUUUUGCAAUCGGCAAUGGCUCAAAAUCUUCAAAUUCAACAACAGCUACUAGCGCAGAAUCAAGCAUUGCAAACUUUACUUAGUCAACAAGAUACUGCACCAACGGGUACAACAUCACCUCCUCCCCUAAUGCCGGUAUUAGCAUCAGUACAACAAUCAUCAGCUUCUUCAAAUAGCAUUACCAGUAAAAUUACUAUUGCUAGUGAGCACACAAAUGUUAGGAAGCAAAGCGUCAAAAAUAGAAUUUCUCAAUUUUCGGAAAAUGAUCGAAACCGAAAAGUUUCUUCUGAUAGCGGAGGUUCGUUAAUACCCCCUCCACCUCCUCCACCAAUGCCACCACCAAUUGAAGUAAAAGAUCCAUCGGAAACAAGACACUUCCUAGACCCUUAUGGACGUGCCAAGACAGUAAGAAUUGGAAAAUGGAGAUGGCCGCCCCCGCAAGAUGGACCACAGUUUGAAACCGAAGAAGACUUUUUCGCUUUUAAAAUGAGACAAAAUCAACGAAAAACUACGCCCCAGUCACAAUUCCAUAGCAGCAAUGGUUCCUUAACAGGUUCUGCAAUGGAGUGGGAAGAAUUUGAAGUUAAUGACAGCUCAAAGAGUCCCUCGCCGGCAGUAGUAAUGCCAGUACAUACAACACAAAUGGUACGAACACAAAUUAAAAUAGAAACAGAACCUAAAAAUACUAAUAAACAACCAAUGAUGGAACAAUUACAACCCCAACAAACAGUAAUAACUACUAAAGUGGCUAAGAAAAGCUUUGAAAUUGGAGCUGAUAGACCACCACCAGGCAGUGUUGGAAAACUAAAAUUGAGCUCCGAAAUGAGACAACGAUUAGAACAGGUAACUGCUGGCCACUCUGUGCGUUCAACAGUAAGUACGAAAUCAGAACAACGAGCUCCUGCUAAACUGGAGGAUACUAGAAAGUUAAUGUUACAACAACAGCUAAGUGGUCAUUUUGCCCAAAUAGAGAGUAAUAACAAUGCUGUAGCCGAUUUACACUCAGUGCGUUCUCAAGUAGAACGAAUGGAAGAAAAGUUAUCACCUCCACCAAUUUGGCCGUCACAUGUGCCACCAGCACCCAGCAUUCCAGCACCACCCCCACCAAUAAGACCACCCAACGUGGCGCCACCAGCUCCGCCACCGGUUCCCAAGAGCCCACCAGUGCGUCCCGAUCAAGAGGAAAUUGAAUAUCGCAGUCAAAGUAAAGAUGUACCAGCAUUUAUACAGCGCCAAGAACGUGAUACAUUCGGCGCUAGGCACAAUUGGAAUGGUUCUGAUGACUCCAAAGAUGCCUAUGAUUCAUGGGGAAGGACAGAAGCUGCCAAAUUAGACAUGGUAUAUGAAAAGAGUUUUAAAAAAGAAGCAAAAAAUAAUCAUGAACGUGAUCGUUCAAGAUCUCGUUCACGUUCAAGAGAUCGAGACGAUUUUUCCGAAUCUGUGUGGGAUAGGUCAGAAGUCGAAGGUCCUGCAUCUAGUGGUAGUGAUAGAGAACGAGAAAAAGAACGUGAAAAGCGGGACAGAAUAUAUGAAAUGCGACAAGUAGAAAGAGAGAAGGAAAGCAAUAAAGUCUAUCAACCAGCUCCUCCUAAAGUUGUCACUGCUACUAUAGAAAGACAAGAUCGUACAGAUAGUUUUGGACCUGUAGUAUCAACGGAAAGAAAGUAUUCAUACCAGGCAAUGACGUCAAACAAUAAUAAUAUUAAUAACAAAAGACCAAUAACUUCUGCCCCCAGUCCCACAACGUCAAUGACUUCUAACACACCAGCAACAUUCCGCACACACAUGGCCCAAAAAUAUGAAAAAGAAAGAAAGCGCAAGUCAUCCGCCACAUCAACCACCGUAUCGCAAAGUACACGCCGUGACGAAGAAACUGAUGGUGGCGACGAAUGGCCACUGCCUGCUAUUCCAGCACCAGUUCCAGCCCCUCCAUCUUUAAAAAGUCCAGCGAAUGCAUGUUUAACCUACAAUCGAGUGCCAUGGAAAUUGAGAGUGCGCAAAGAAGUAUUUCAUCCUAAUGAACCCAUAGGACCACCCAUAGCAUUAGAUUUGCUAUUUGCUCAAGUAUCAUCUGACAUCUUUGGCUUGACCCCUUCUUUACGUAUUUCGCCUCAAGAAAAAGCUGCCGCAAUAAAUAUGCUCAAUGGUCAUGGUGUAACAGUUGAAACGGUUCGAAGUCAAAAUGUUCGCGCCUUAGUUAAGCGUCACUUAAUUGAUAUGGCUAGAGAAUGGCCUUUAUAUUUCGCUCGUCUUUUCCCAGUACAAGGAGCACCACAAUACCCAGACGUUUCUAUAAUGGGCAUCUCACAUAAUGGCCUGUACCUAGCACGACGAGAUGCAGACUAUUUGAUUGUAGUUCAGUCUGUACCAUUUAAUGAAAUACAGAACGCAAUAACACUACCAAGGCCAGCAUCACUGCAACUUAAUUUACGAAAUGGAAAAAAUGUUCAAUUACAUGCUGCUAGAGCCGCAGCUAUACAAGCAAUGAUCACAUCCUUUGUACAAGAGUUUAGAAAGACUCAAUCAAAAGCUUCAACACUUUCGUCUGGUGUUCGAGCAGCCGCACAGACGCUCAAUGUGCCUAUUGAAAGACUCGAGUCGCGGCAAUCAAAUCAUCGUGAACAAAUAAAUAACAACCAACACAGUGUAAUCACUCAACAGCACAAUAUGCGUAAUACCUCGUCGCCCCUAAUGAGUGGUUCCUACGAAGAGCAACAUCUUCAUCACCAACAACAACAACAGCAGCUUCAGCAACAACAGACUCACCAUCAUUUACAGCAGCAGCAACAACAGUCACACCAUCAUCAACGUGAGCAACUAAGAGAACCCCAUUCUCGUAAUAUGCACCACGGCAUUAGUGACUCCAUCGAUCAUCAUACACAAAUCACGCAGGCUUCACAUCAUUAUAAUGGUCAUGGUGAUGAGGAUGAACGUUUGGAUGACAGAGAACACUUUAAUGAGCAUCAUCAAUAUGCUAAACAACAAAGCUUCCUACAUUCAUCACGUAAGAAUUCCAAUCAACACCACUCCGCUACAAAUCCACAUACGCGAGAACAUCACUCUGCAGUGCAGCAGACUCAACAGUCGCAGAAUUUGGAUGCAAAUUAUAUGGCUGAAGAGCAUAAUGGAGGCACGACUUCACCCUCUGUUACGAGAUAUUCUUUGUUGCAAUUUGCUAUGCAACACUUUAGAAAUGACCAAAUUGUUGAUUCUCGUUCUCAUGGCCGUGAUGCUUCCGAACGUUCGUCUAAUCGUUCGUAUGCAGAAUUGGUUAAAUGGCAGGGUACACCCAUGCGUAUUCCCCUGUUACGUUUACCCAAUGAUUUAGCUCCAUUGGCUUUGGAAUGCUUCGAUUGCAUAUUGCGUUAUUGUGGAGAUAUUCCUAUGGAACCCGAUCUUACAGAAGUUAAAUGUGUCUAUACGGUGCUAAUGCAUUGUCAUAAAUAUUUGGCUUUACGUGAUGAAGUUUAUUGCCAGUUAAUGAAGCAAACUACUGCUAACCGCUCCCCCUGUCCCGAUUCAACACAGAGAGGUUGGCGCCUGCUCAGUAUUCUAGCGGCAUACUUUGGAUGCUCAGAUGCGUUACGACCAUAUUUAAUUGAACAUCUAACCUCGGCCGCUUCAGAUCGUAGACGAUCUUGUCAUGGUACCGCCGCUGUGUGUUUGACUAACUUACGUAAGACUGCACGUUGUGGUGGUCGCAAAAAUGUGCCGAGUGUUGAAGAAGUAACAGCUGUUUCAGCAGGUCGUUCGGCUAGGCGCCAAAUAUAUCGCCUUCCGGGAGGUGCUGAGCGUGUAGUAAAUACAAGAUGUUCUACGGUGGUGGCAGAUGUAAUAUCGGAACUCUGUGCCCUUCUAGGCAUUGAAUCCGAAACUGAACAACAGGAAUUUUCCUUAUAUUGUAUAGUCCAGGGAGACGCGUUCACUAUGCCUCUGGCUGCCGAUGAAUAUAUUUUGGAUGUUACUACUGAACUUUUGAAAUCUGGCCAGCCCUUCUAUUUAAUAUUCUGUCGGUCAGUAUGGCAUUUCGCCUUAAAGCGAGAUCCUGCACCAACUCCCCUUUAUGUAGAAGUAUUAUUCAAUCAAGUAGCGCCUGACUACUUGGAAGGUUUGCUGUUAGAGUUACCCAGUACAGGAGUACCGCCACCAGAAGUGGUCAGAGAUAUGGCUCGCAUAGCAGCCUUGCUGCAUAGAGCAGCAGAUUUAAGUCAUGUACCAGCUAUGAAGGAAAUAAAAUUCCUAUUGCCUAAACCGGCUUUAGGCAUUAGAGAAAUAAGACCCGCUCAAUGGGUGGGUCUAGUUCAAUCUGCUUGGCCCCAAGUUGCAAACUUAAGCCCGGGCCAGGUGAAGGCUCAAUUUUUGAAUGUGCUGUCGGCAUGGCCUUUAUUCGGUAGCAGUUUCUUUGCUGUGAAACGUAUAUGGGCCGAUGAAGGCCCUCAUGUCGACGAUAGUCCCAUGUGGCGAGAUUUGAUAUUGGCAUUGAAUAGACGAGGAGUAUUGUUUUUGGAUCCCAACACACAUGAAACCAUGCAACAUUGGCCAUUUAUGGAGGUCAUAUCGACACGAAAGGUACGUUCUGAAGAUGGUGCUUUAUUUUUGGAUAUGAAGGUUGGCAACCUAAUGCAGCAACGUGUCAUACGUGUCCAAACAGAGCAAGCUCAUGAAAUAUCUCGUUUAGUACGUCAAUAUAUAACAAUGGCUCAAAUAAGUCAACGCGACAAGAGAGAUGUUAAUUAAAAUAUUAUUUAGGCUUAACUAAUUAAUUAAAAAAAAGAAUAUCCCUUAGUACAUAUACUUUUAUAUAUUAAUAUAGUGAACGAGUGAUUGUUUCUCAACAAUGUAAUUGAUACAAUUCACACGUACACCGAUACUGAUACUUUUUUACUUCAACUACUUUGCUUUAACUGUAUUUCAGAGCGAUCGCAGAAUUUGUCUAAAUUAUAAGAAAUUUUAAAUAUAUAUUUUUUUUAAAUAUCUUAAAAUGCCAUAUUCAACCUUUUAAAUGGAUGUUUAUAAAAUCAAGAAUAUUGUUUCGUUUUUUUUUUCCAAAAAUAUUUUCGAUAAAUCUUCGUUUUGGUAUUAUAAGUGCAAUUUAAAUGUUUUACCUUUUUUCCAUUUAUUUAGAUAAUAAAAUAUUUUUUAUUUGUGUUUUAAACAAUAUACAUAGAUACAUACAUAUUAUUUUGUGUAUAUCUUUAAGAAUAAAUUAAAUAUUAUAUU